AUGGCUUCCAACCCAAUUUAUCCAUGCGCGGCUGGUGAUUAUUGCGGCAGGAAGUUCACCAGUAUAGACAGUUGGUCUGUACACAUCCAAACACACAUAUUCCCACAAGGCUUUGUGUGCACUGAAUGCAAGGACAGAGCAUUCAUUCCCAAUGAACAAGGAUGUAAAACCCAUUUCUACCUCACGCAUAAGACAGACUUUCGGGACUUGGACAAGGCAGCCAGUAACAUGCUUCGCAUCAAUCCAUCUAAAGGCGUGAUCUGGUGCGAAAUUGGUACAUGUCAUGGAAGAUUACACUUAGGCGGAGAGGCUCCUACUGGAAAACUUUCACAUGAAGUGAUAGUCCACUUGAAGGAUCACCUGCGAGAACAUGGAUGGGCUCAUGUGAUUGGUGUUAAAGUUUUGUUACCAGGUAGAGUCAUAUCCUCCAUUUUUUGA